CAUUGAAUAAGAAACUGUUUUAGUACAAAUUCAUUUUUAUAUCAACUAUUGUCAAAAUUGAUAAUUCAAAAUUUGAUAUUACCCUGAAAUAUUUCAUCUAAAAAAAUGGUGGACCCAAACUUAGUAACAACAUGUAAUUUUCACGGGCAGGAAUUUCUUUUCAAAAUGAACGUUUUAGGAAACAAUUUAGAAAUACUUAUAACUGACAAAAAUUCUGGAGAGGAAUGGCAAUGCAGCUACGACGCAACAUAUAUAGAAAAUUUAACUCACAAAACAGGAAACUUCAAACAAUUCGAUAUUUUCGUGACAAUGAUAAAAUCCGGACUACUCAGGACGAGCGAAUGCGUAUCUUUAGAUUUAUUGACAUUUGAAGACUUGGAAUUGCUCAGAUCGAGGAAGAUAACUAAAGUUUGCGGACAGAAUAAUAACAAUAGAAGAUAUUUGAUUGUAACGUACUGCGUUGAAUUCGAUAGGAUUCGCUAUCCAAUUCCGCUGGAGUACUGUGGACCCCCAGAUCCCGUAGUUUUACAAGCAACCAUCAAACGAUUAGAAGCUGAAUUAGAAAGAGUUAAAGACGGAGCUUUCGAAAAGAGAACUAAUAUCGAUACGAGAAAAUUUUAUGCGAUGCAAAGAAGAAUUGAAGAAUUGACCGAUGAAAAUCUACAACUUAAGGAAGAUAUUAAUCUUCUGAGGAAAGAAAUUGAUAAAAGACCAAGACAUCGGGUGCUUUGUUUGGAGAAAGCCAUGGAAAAGCUCGAAACCAGCGUGGCAAAUGAACGAAACUCUCAUCAUAUUUUAGUUGAAAAGUUACGGAAAGAUAAGAUGGAUUUAGUGAAGGAAUUGGAGAAAAUGAAGAUAUCCGAAAAAAUCUUGAAACAAAAAUUGAAAUCCUUCCGAAGUCCCUCAAGAUAUUGCUGUGGUGAUGGUGCAUCUCCAACAAGAAAAAAGUCUGAUAGCAGUGUUAACACGGUGUAUAGACGAAAAAAGCAAACAGGGUGCCAGGAACCUAAAAUUUCCGUUGAGCAAAAUGUUAAGCCGAAAAAAUCGAAAUCCGAUUCGUUUUGGAACACACCAGCAAACAGAAAGCAGACUAGGUGUUCAAGAAGAGACGCAUUCGUGAAAGAUGCCAAUAGGAGUAGGAGUAGCUCGAACUCCAGUGUCAAAUAUCAAAGUAGGGGCAAAUAUGAUAACGUUCAAUCUUUAUAUGUUAACGAGAGAUUACAGACUCCUCUUGUUUUAAUGGAAAAGUACAACUCGAGGAGCAGCUCUGCCGUAUCAAGAUGUAGUUCGAAAGACAGCGUUAAAAAAAUGAGAUUUCCAAAAUAUAGUGAUCCCGACUUCAAGAAAUUGGAGGAUAAAAUAGAAUCCUUGCAAAAAAUGUUAAAAAGAAAUUUCAUCAAAUGAACUCACGUUUUUUAUACAAAUUUUAAUUUUCAUAUUUAUGUACAUCGAAAAUAUUCCCUCACGAAAAUAAAAUUAAACAUAUAUACUUA